AUGAGCAGGCGCCUGUGGCUCCCCUCCCAGUACGCCUCCAAGCCGCUCGGCCAGGCGGUGGGGCCCAACGGCACCUACUUCUUGCCGCGCCUCUAUGCCUUCCACAACCUCUCCUCCUUCUACCAGGACCUGGACGUGGACAACAUGGGCGACUUCGACAGCGGCACGCGCUACGAAGGGGAGUCCCAGAGCCGGACGGUGCAGGCGCUGCUCAUCGUGGCUUACUCCGUCAUCAUCUGCAUCUCGCUCUUCGGGAACGUGGUGGUGUGCCACGUGGUGGUCAAGAACAAGAGGAUGCACUCGGCCACCAGCCUCUUCAUCGUCAACCUGGCCGUGGCGGACAUCAUGAUCACCGUCCUGAACACGCCGUUCACACUGGUGCGGUUUGUCAGUAGUACCUGGAUUUUUGGAAAGCUGAUGUGUCACAUAAGUCGCUUUGUCCAGUACUGUUCAGUCCAUGUCUCCGUGCUGACCCUCACUGCUAUUGCUCUGGACCGCCACCAGGUGAUCGUCCAUCCGCUGAAGCCCCGAAUGUCCAUUGUGAAAGGCGGAAUCUGUAUCAUCGUCAUCUGGGUGAUGGCCAGCUGCUUCUCUCUGCCCCAUGCGAUCUACCAGAAGCUGAUAUGGGUCCCGUAUGGCAACAGAACUCAUCGGAUGGCCUGCCUCUCCAACUUCCCUGCCCCGACCGACCUUUAUUGGAAGUACCUGGAUCUAACCACCUUCGUCCUUCUGUACGUGCUGCCUUUGUUGGUGAUCUCCAUCACAUACACCAUGGUCGCCAAGAAGCUCUGGAUGAGGAACGCGAUCGGUGACGUGACCAUGGAGCAGUACCACGCCCAUCAGCGGAAGAAGAAGAUGACCAUCAAGAUGCUGAUGCUGGUCGUGGUGGUCUUCGCGGUCUGCUGGUUCCCCUUGAACUGCUACCUGGUCCUGCUGUCCGGCAAGGCCAUCCACAGCAACAACGCCCUCUACUUCGCCUUCCACUGGUUCGCCAUGAGCAGCACUUGCUACAACCCCUUCAUCUACUGCUGGCUGAACGAGAGCUUCCGCUCGGAGCUCAGGUCCCUGCUGGGCGUGUGCUGGAGGCCGGAGGUCUCUGGGAGCCAUGCGCUGCAGUCCCUGUCAGCCCCUUUCAGGCAUGCCUGGGAGGAGAAUUUCCCCUGCAAGCAGGCCGUCGUGUCUCAGCAAACCAGAGACGAGAACUCUGCCUGAACGGACAGCUCCGUAGUUCAGCCAGUCAUGAUGGGCACCUGUGUCUCCGAUGGGAAGGCCCACCAGGCAU